AUUGUUAACAAUUUUCACAAAAUCAGCAUUAAUUUCAAAGUUAAGUUAAUUAAUCAUGGAGUGGUUGUUUUUGUUUUUACAUCUUUUUCUCUUUCAUUUUCCAUCAUUCUCUUGUUUCAAUUUCUUAUGUCAUCCUAUUGAGAAAUCUGCUUUGCUUCAGUUCAAGGCCUCAUUUACUACUGAUGGUUACUAUUAUUGUGAUGAACACAGUCCUAUGAAAACAAAAACAUGGAAAAAUGAGAGUGAUUGUUGCUCAUGGCAUGGAGUCACUUGUGACAGUGUUUCUGGUCACGUGAUUGGUCUUAACCUUGGUGGUGAAUGCCUUAAAGGUAUAUUACAUCCCAACAGUACCCUUUUCCAUCUUACUCAUCUCCAAACACUCAACCUUUCUGACAAUUUUUUCGAUGAAUUCUCCAGCUCCCAUUUUCAUUCUAACUUUGGAGAUUUUACGGGUCUUACACAUCUUGAUUUGUCUUAUACUUCUUUUCAAGGUGAAGUUCCUCCUCAAAUCUCACACCUUUCCAAAUUAACAUCACUUCAUCUCUCCGAGAAUUAUAAGUUAGUUUGGAAAGAGAGCAUUUUGAAGAGGCUUGUGCAAAAUGCAACAAAUUUAAGGGACAUGUUUUUGGAUGGCACAGAUAUGACUUCAAUAAAAAUAAACUCCCUUGAUUUGCUCUUCAAUCAUUCUUCCUCUUUGGUUGCUCUAAAUCUUGGAAACACAGGAUUACAAACAACCUUCAAAAAAUAUGAUUUUUGCUUACCAAGUAUUCAAGAACUAUAUAUGCCAAUGAAUCACCUUAGAGGCCAACUUCCAAAAUUGAGUUGCAGUGUUUUUCUUAGAAUUUUGGAUUUUUCACAUAAUGAUUUCCAAGGACCCAUUCCUCCAUCAUUUUCUAACCUCACACAUCUUACUUCUCUAGAUUUCACAGGAAACUAUCUUAACGGUUCAAUCCCGUCCUUCCUUUUGACUCUUCCAUCUCUAAUUUCUUUACAUCUCUCUCACAAUGAUUUUAUUGGUGAGCUUCCAAUAUCUCUUUCAAACCUUCACCAUCUCAUAACCUUAGACCUUUCAUCCAACUCAUUUAAGGGUCAGAUUCCAGAUGUGUUUAGCGGUAUGACCAAACUGCAACAACUCGAUUUAAGUUCAAACAAUUUUGAAGGAACAAUUCCUUCUUCAUUAUUUAACUUGAAUCAACUUCUCACAUUGAAUUGCUCUGAUAAUAAAUUAGCCGGUCCCCUAAUCAAAAAAAUUUCAGGGUUUCAAAAACUAACUGAUUUGGUUUUCGAUAACAACUUGUUAAACGGAACAAUUCCUUCCUCCAUGUUAUCUUUGCCUUGUUUGAAAAGGUUAUCUCUAUCAAACAAUCAAUUCACAGGGCAUAUCAGUGCAAUCUCAUCUUAUUUCUUAGAAGAACUGAAUCUCUGCAACAACAAACUACGAGAAAAUAUUCCAAAAUCAAUCUUCGACCUUUCAAACCUAACUAUAUUAUGUCUAUCAUCAAACAACUUGAGCGGUGUCGUUGAUUUUCAACACUUUUCCAAACUUCAAAAUUUGUUUUCUUUAUCCCUUUCACAUAAUAGCCAAUUAUCACUAAACUUUCAAUCCAAUGUCAAUUACAAUUUUGUUGAACUAACUACAUUGAAAUUGUCAUCUUUGAGUUUGAAUGAAAUUCCCAAAUUCUUAGGAAAACUCCCAAGUUUGUAUUCUCUUGAUAUGUCCAAUAACAAAUUUAAUGGAAGUGUGCCCAAUUGGUUACUUGAAACAAUUGUGGCUGAUGGAUUUUUGAACCUCUCUCAAAACAUGUUCACAUCAAUAGAUCAAAUCUCAACAAGUAGAAAAGAGCUCGGUUCCCUUGAUCUUAGUUCUAACUCACUACAAGGCGAACUUUCUGUGUCGAUUUGCAACUGGAGUUCACUAAAAUAUCUCAAUCUUGCACAUAAUAAAUUGACAGGUAUCAUUCCACAUUGUUUAUCUAAUUCAUCCUCCCUUUUAGUAUUGGAUCUACAAAUGAAUAAACUCCAUGGCACUUUGCCAAGUUACUUUUCAAAGUAUAGUAAACUUCAAACUUUGAAUCUUUAUGGCAACCAUUUAGAUAACCAUUUGCCUAAAUCUUUGUCCCAUUGCAAAAAUUUGGAAGUUUUAAAUCUUGGCAGCAAUAGAAUAGAAGACAAAUUUCCUGAUUGGCUUCAAACCCUGAAAAACUUAAAAGUGUUGGUUUUGCGAGACAAUAAGUUGCAUGGUCUCAUUUCUAAUCUAAGGGUCAACAGUUCAUUUCCCAGUUUGAUUAUUUUUGAUAUCUCAGGCAAUAACUUUAGCGGCCCACUUCCUAAAGCAUAUUUUGAAAAGUUUCAAGCAAUGAAACAUGAUGAUGGAAGUUUUUCAUAUAUGGUUAAGUCAUUUAGUUUUUAUAGUCAAGUUAGUAAUAUAAUGUACUACGAUUCUGUGACCCUGAGGAUAAAGGGGAUCAAUUCCACACUGGUGAAAAUUUCAACAAACUUUGCAAUUAUUGAUAUGUCAAGAAACAAAUUUGAAGGAGAUAUUUCAAAUGUUGUUGGAGAGCUUCAUGCACUUAUAGGACUUAACCUUUCCCAUAACAGACUCAGUGGUAGUAUUCCUCGAUCCAUGGCAAAUUUGAUAAAUUUAGAAUCUUUGGAUCUCUCAUCAAAUAUGAUCACCGGUGUUAUUCCUGCAGAAUUAUCCGAUUUGAAUUUUCUUGAAUUCCUGGAUGUUUCUAAUAACCAUCUUGUGGGAGAAAUACCUCAAGGAAAACAAUUCAACACAUUUUCAAAUGAUUCGUACGAAGGAAACUCUGAGUUAUGUGGAUUUCCUUUGUCAAAGAAAUGUGGACCUGGACAACAUUCUCCACCUUCACCCAACGACUUUUGGAAUGAAGAGAAAUUUGGAUUUGGAUGGAAACCAGUGGCAAUUGGAUAUGGAUGUGGAUUUGUGUUUGGAAUAGGCCUUGGAUAUUGCAUGUUUUUAAUUGGAAGGCCAAGAUGGCUUGUGAUGAUAUUUGGUGGCCAACCAAAGAGAAGAGUGAGAAGAAGAAGAACAAGAGUGAGGAGGACUAAUGGUUCAACCAUGAAUCAGAUGAUACAGAUGUCAUAGUUUUAUUCUUGUGGUUAUUUUUUCUACUGUGUUAGUUUUUAAUUCUGUUUAAAAUAAGUUUGAUCAUUCUUGAUUGAUCAACUAGUUUGAUUAUGUGUUGGAAACUUUCCAAAGUUGUAGCUGUUAAGGUGUUGUUGGUGUUCUUGUUAUUAAUGUUGUAAGGUGUGUUGUAUUUAUUGUGUUUGAGUUUAACAAAUAAAUUGAAAUUACAGUUAAAUGAAAA